AUGGCAAGUUCUUCCCUGAAGCAACCAGCGGUUAUUAAUACUGAAUGUUUUGACUAUAAAUGGAUACAGCCGGCGGAGGAACGGGCGGCGCAGCGCGGCUCUCCUGCAGACAGCGCGUGGUCGGUGGCAGACAUACUGACGGAGGAGGACGAGCAGGACCGCGUCCCGCUGCAGAAACUCCGGCUGCUGGGAGAAUCAGAAGAACUGAGAGGCUUGCUGCUGAACCCACACCUCAGGCAGCUGCUGCUGACCAUUGACCAAGCAGAAGACAAAAGCUCUCUCAUGAAAAAAUACAUGCAAGAGCCACUCUUUGUGGAGUUUGCAGACUGCUGCUUGAGGAUUGUGGAACCCCCAGAGAAGGAGAACAUUGUUCCUGAGUGAGCUUGGGAAUAUUUUUUCGUUCUUCAGGUUUUCCUCUUACAAAAGCCAUUCUGCAGCGCCCCACGGUGCACUGUGCCAUGUAUUCCCUCCAGUUCGGUUGCUCACGAAUGUCAGCACUCUAAUUUUCAUUUUAGAGUUGAUAAACAAUGACAUGGUGCUGGACAAAUUUCCAGAUGCUAGGAAUUGAAUUUGGUAUUAUGUGGACUUGCCCUCUUUUGGUACAGAAAUCUUGUCACCUGUGGGAAAUACCACUUCCCAGUAACAAUUAUAUUAAAUAUACUGGCAUUUGUCUUAACCCACAAAAUGAACCUGAAAUGCUUUUGUUGACCUUGUUGAGGAUAGUCAUACGCCUUCACAAGAUAUUUAAGAGUUUAUUUAGAUGUGGCAUACACAGAAAAGCUGAACAUUUUCAAGACCCAUGUACAUAACGGAGGUGGUAUAGUGUGCCCUGAUGAGAACCUUGGACCCUCUGCAGAGGUAAUGCUGUUGGCUAGGUCAUGUUAGAAAUGCACAGAUCACAAUAUAUUUUGGUCCUGUAGAUAAAAAGCAAGAGUCUGGUCUUGCUUUUCCCUGAGACAUCUGCCUUUAGUGAUACAGUUGACUGCUACUUACUUCCUUGGUCACAGGUUACUAAAUGUUUGUGGUACCUCCCAACAAGAACUCAGCACACAUCAGAAGUGUUUGCCUUUUUUGCUAUCUCAUUACCAGCCUCUUGUUUUGACCAUGUACAGCUAGAAGUGUUCUGUUCAAGUAUAUACUCUUUAAAGCACUUGAUCUAUUUUCUCAUAGUA